AUGCGGAGGAAGCCGCAAGUGCGCGUAGAGCCACUGACGCUUUCCUUUCCAAAUACAUAUAUCACAACAACAAAUCGGUACGCAUUUCAAGUAUUUAAUGAUAGUACUGAGCAAAUCAAGUUUGAAUUCAGGAAGUUCAAUUCGGCGGGAGACGAAAAGUCAUUUCUAAUUCGCGAAAGUGUCGAUGAAACUGAAAGCAAACGCACAAAAAACGAAAUGCUUCUAUUUAAAAGCGAUAUAUUCGAAUUUAUUCCUUCAUCAGGUACGUUAUGGCCAAAAAGAUUCAUUACAGUCAUAGCUUUGUUUCAUCCAUCCGCACCUGGACCAUAUACAGCAUCUCCUACACUAUACAUAGACAGAUUUAAAGAACGACAUCAGAUGUUAUUAAAAGGAUUAGCAUUACCUGCUGCGGCAAAGUUCAAUAUCUCAGGCAUAAAUAUCGGAACUGUCGAACUCGGAAGCGUUUUAGAAUAUGAAAUCGAACUAAAGAAUACAGGUCAAAUUCCUUGUGAAUUUACUAUUGCAAAUAAAGAUGUUUGCGGUGUUAAAUAUGAGUUUAAUCCAAACGCAGGAACUAUACAAGCUGGUGAAUCAACUCCAAUACGUCUAACUUUUACGGCAGGCCAUGUUUUUGUUAUCAAUGAAGUGUUUUCAGCACAAAUUAACGGAAAUCCGAAAUCCACACCAUCAAUAUCUCUAUUUGGACGUAUUGUUGGACCUAAAUUCCUUACAAGCGUUAAUAUAAUUGAAUUUGGAAGAAUUGCAUGCGGAACAAUUACAACUCAGCGAUUUGAAUUGCAAAAUCAUUCAGAAAUACCAUUCAAUUUCAGUUGGCGUGUACCAGAAGACGGAUCUUUUGCAGAUAGAGAAUUUAAUAUUAUUCCUUCAGGAGGAAUUGCAGAACCAUUCUCAAAAACAUUUAUUACUGUCGAACUCAUGCCAGUUUCUCCGAAAAAUAUACGAAAAGACUUAGUUCUUGACAUCGAAAAUUUCGGUCAAAAUUUAAUUACAAUUCCAAUAAUGGCAGACAUCAUUGCACCAAGAAUAGAGAUCACACCAAACGGAUUCAAGCUCGGAGCAAUCUUUAUUCACUCACAAAACAUAUUAUCGAUGAAAAUGAAAAAUACAUCAACAAUUGUAACGAAUUACGAGUUCAUUCCUCCAACAGGACUUGCAGGAAGACAAUGCGCAAUAGAGCCUGUCUUGUCAGGUGGCGAAAUCCCUCCAGAUACAGAGGUAGACUUCUCUGUUUCUCUUUCUGCAAACGAACUUGGAAUUCUCGACACUUUUUUCAAUUUACAUUUGUUAGGAACGGAUAUAUUAGUUCCUGUUCAUAUAGAAGCAGUUAGUGUUGGUCCUGAUGUUGAAUUCUCAACGAAGAAGAUUGAUUUCGGAAAGAUAAACGUUCUCAAAGAAGAGAAAAGAAUUUUGACAUUGAAAAACAAUUCAUCAAUCGAAGCAUUUUACACAGGAGAAAUUAGUCAUGAGAUGUUUUCUGUUGUACCAACUGAAGCUGUCAUCAAACCAGGAGAAUCCCUUGAUGUUGAGAUAAAUACUUAUUUGGUUGAUGCAGGAAGAUUCGAAACAGCUUUAAUUGUUAAAAUUAAAGAUAUUCCUCAAGUUGUUGUACCUGUAAAAGCUCUUGGAAUAGGAGUUCCUAUUGUUCCUUCAAUAGAUUUCGAUACAAUUAACGUUGGAUCGAUAAUCACUGAGCAUCCACAUCAAAUACCUUUCACAAUUACUAAUAGAGGUUUGAGAUGGUGCACAGUUACUUUUAUUUGUCAAAAACCAAAAACGCCAAAUGGAACUGAAGUUACUUUUUCUGUUACACCUGUUAUGCAGGAUUUAGAACCGAAUGUUCCUUAUGAUUAUGUAAUGACAAUACAAUGUCCAACACCAACUGAAUUCGAGUGUCAUUGUCAAUGUCACGCUUCAAUUGGUCCAAUGAGAGUUGUUAUGUUUUCUCCUGAAAUUUUUGGUCAGUUUAAUCAUCCGAAAUUGCUCUUUAAUCCCAAAGAAAUCAACUAUGUUCAUACACAUGAUUAUGUACAAGAAGAAAAGACAAUUAAAGGACCAAGUCCGAAACCGAAUUUGUUACCAAAACAAACUCAAAUUGUUUCGAUUUUUAACAAAGCGAAAUUCCCUGUUGAUUUCGUAGCAAUUCCAAAAGAUCCUUUCUCUUUAUCUAAAUACGAAUUCCACAUGGAAGGAGAGUCACAAGAAGAUAUAAUUGUGACUUUUAAUGCUGACCAAAAAUUGGAUUAUUUUUCAAAUGUUAUUAAACAAAAAAUAAUGUUCGAUAUGAGCCACACGAAGAAGUUUGGCUUCUUUGCAACAGCUGAGUAUCAAUUCCCUAACUUAACUUUCUCAGAGACAACAAUAGAUUACGGUGUUUUGUUGAAGAAUACCGAAAAAUCACAUGAAAUUAUUUUAACAAAUAACUCAGUUUUACCUGUGAUUUUUGAAUGGACAUUGAAUGAUAAAACAGAUGAUUUCGAUAUAUAUCCAAUUAGAGGUGUCUUUAAUCCAAACGAAUCCGCUAAAGAAUACUUUACUUUCACAGCAAGAACAGAUUCCAUUGAAUCAGAAGCGAUUUGUCAUGUUGAUGGCGGUCCUGAUUACACAAUAAAACUCAAAGGUGGAUCAGAUCUAAUUACAUUUAAUGUUACUCCUAAAGUCAUUGAUUUAGGUGCUAAAAGAUUCUCACAAUCAGUUAAUUCUUCUUUUGUCAUUGAAAAUACUUCUUCUUGUUUGAUCAACUACGAAUUAAAAGUUGAGCAUUUAACUGAUUUGUUCAUUACAAUCAAUGAUCCAAUUGGACAAUUAAAUCCUUCAGAAAAGAAGACAAUUAACUUCAAUGUUAAAACAACACAUCCUCAAAAUUAUAAAGAAAGAAUCAUUGUUUGCAUUGGAGGUGUUCAAGAUGAAUUCAUUGAUUUGUUACUAAAUGCACAAUUCGAUAACAUUCAAAUCGGAGAAAGUGACAAAUCAUCUGAAUUAUCACGAACAUUUACAGAGUUUUUGUCAUCAAGAUCAAUUGAAAGUCCUAAGAAAGCACAGCCAUUUGUUUGUGAUUCAUAUGAAAUAGAUAUGGGAAGAAUUGUUUUAGGAGACAAGAAAGAAAAAGAACUACCAAUAACAUCACAUUCUUUAUGUCCUAUUAAAUGCAGAAUUGUUGCUACAGAAUUAGAAAACACAGGAUUUUAUUUCGAACCAAUGAAUUUCAUUUUGGAUCCAAACCAAACAAUGAAUCUCAAAGUAAUUUAUGAUACUUCUAAGCGAGAGAAACUUGAAGAAAAUGUUAAACUCACUGCAAGUAUCAUGAUGGCUGAUGGAGUGCAAACUCCAAUUGUUAUUCUUGCGGAUUUAGUUGUUCCUGAAUUUGAAGUUUCAUUGCAGAAUAUGAAUUUCGAAUCAGUUAUUGUUGGUCAAUGGAGAUCAAUCAGUUUCCAGGUAAGAAACAAAAAUGAAAUUGAUGUUGAGUUCUCUGUAAACAACACUAACCAAGUCUUCUCAUCGAAUCCUCAGAAAGCUAUUAUCAAAGCAAAGAGUUUCGCUAAUUUUGAUAUAACUUUCACUCCGAAAGAAUCAAAACCAUAUGAAAAUACUCUCAAAAUUGAAGCCGAUCAUAGUGACAAGCCCUUCGAAUUACCUGUGAAAGGAAUUGGAGAGAGAAUAAUUGUCGAAUUCGAUCCACCUCAAUUGAGAGUUCCAACGAUACAACCGUUUUCAACCGCUUCAGAAAGUGAAGUGAAAAUAAUCAACAAAUCAAAGCAUCACAUUGAGAUAUUUUCUUAUCAAUUUGACUUCAAGAACUACGCAGAUCUUAGAAUGUCAUUGACGAACACUAAUUCGCAAGCCGUAUUUCAAAAUGACAGUGAUUCUGAUGAUCUUCCUCAAUCACAAAGAUUUGUUCCUUGUAUCAUUGUUCACGGAACAAAAUACUCUGGAAAGACAUCUGUUUCUAAGUAUAUUUCAGAGAAAUUCGGUUUACCAAUUGUUGUUCUUAAAGAUAUUUGGGAGAAAGUAGAAAGUGAUGCAGGUGCUGAUUUCAUCUCCGCUUUCACUUUGUAUAUAAGUGAUCCGAAAUAUGAUGACGGUUUUAUCAUUGACGGUUUGAACGGUUUUCCUGAAGGAAAUAAUGAUGCUUUGAUACAGAAAGUUAUUAAAACAAAAGCAUCAUUUGAAGACUUGUAUAAAAAUCCAUUCACUGAUUUCCAACACGAAACAUUUACUAGUGCAGAAAGAUCAUUGAGAUUUGUUUUAGCUGGAUUAAAUGGGCAACAUGUGUUUUUGAUUGCUCUUCAAAUGCCUGAAGAAGUUUAUCAAUCAAGAGUUGAAUCUCUUGAGAGCGAAGAAAAGAAACUGAAAGAACAAGCACACCAAGAAAGAAAACAAGAACUAAUUAACAUGAAUGAUGAAGAAUAUUGGGCAUUAGAUCCAAAAGAACAAGAAUCAGCUGAUAAAAGAAGAAAGGCAUCAAGAGAUAGAGUUAUUAAGAAAGCAAUUGAAGCUGAUGAAGAAAAGAGAUUGAAAGAAGAAAAAGAGUCCAAACGUAAGAAGAAAACUUCAUCAUCGUCUCAUAGAUCUCAUUCAACAUCAUCUAAAGAUAGAAGAAGAGAAAAAUCACCUGAUAAAGAUAAGAAAUCAAGAGAUAAAUCUCCAGAUAAAACUCCAGAAGAACCAGAAGAAAAGAAACAUUCGAAGAAAGAAAAGAAGGAAAAGAAAGAUAAGAAAGAUAAAGAACAACAGAAGAAACAAGAACAAGAAAUGUUACCUAAAGAACACAAGAAACGUAAAAUUGCUAUUGUUCCAAAUGAUCCUUUGAUUUUGGAAGCUGUUACUUUCCAAUUUACAUUAGGUUCAAUUGCUUCGAUGAUUGAGAAACCAAAAGAAACAUUCAACGUUGUAAAUCCAACAAAUGUCGUUGGUAUUGACACCGCUUUUAUUCAAAAUGUCUGUAUACAGCAUGUCAAUACAUUAAUGAUAUGGGUUGACAACCAAUUUAAGUAUAUCUAUGAAUCAAUUGACAAGUUUUUGCCUGAAUUUGAAAAAUUGGAAACUUCUAUUUACAAGACAUUUCUUCCACAUACUAAGAAAGGUAUUUCGAAGAAAGUUAUUCCUCCUGAGAUCUCUGAAAGGCCUCAUUACUUCAAGAUAACAAGUGAUGAUCCUGUGAUUGAGCCUCCACAACAAUCACCAAGAAAAUCAGGAAGAACAAGUAGAAAAGGAAGAUCAAGAGAACCUCCGAUGUAUCCUUUCCUUGAUGAAAUCAACUUGAAUGAUUACACUCCAAGAUGGAAGAUAGAUCCUGAAGAAUCCAAGACAAUUACUGUUUCGUUUAAUACGAAUCUCAUUGGAGAAUACAAUCAGAAUCUUUAUUUCGGAUUAGUUUCAACAAAAACUGACAUUUUCAAACUUCCUGUUACAGGUUUUUGUAUUAUGCCUGAGAUUUGUAGAGAACCAGAACAGAUCUUUGCGAAAGUGCUUCCAAAGAAGACUAAGAAGACUGCAGAAGCAUUCACAAUUAAAGACAACACGUAUCAUUUCGGAAUGCUUUUAGUAACAAAAGAAAAACCAACUAAAAACGGAAUUCCUCCUUAUAAAGCUGUUCUUACCAUCAAAAACAUAUCGGAAUUCAAUGCGGAAAUAGCCACAGGAAUCAUUGAAUGCCAGAACAAAGCGCCAUGGCAGAUUGACGUUCUUUCUCCCUUAAUCAAGCCAAAUGAACAAACAACAAUCAAUGUUGGAAUUUAUCCAAAUGCAACUGAUGUUUACAACAUGACAUUGUUGAUAACAGUUAAAGAUAAUCCUGUUCCUCUUCGUUUCUCUUUCUCCGCUGAAGCAUCUCAGCCAACAGUAACAUUUAGUACUGCUGCAUUAGAUUUCGGAAGAAUUUUAACGAAAGCAACAAUGGAAUUACCAAUUUCAAUCACAAACAACAGCCAAGUUCCUGUCAUGUGGUCAUUAAAACACAAUACAAUGCCUGCUCCUCCAUUUACAUUAUCUAAAACAGAAGAUACAAUUCCUCCAAAGCAAACAACAGAGAUUGUUGCUGGUUUUUCAUCAGUUAAAGCUGUUGUUGCCAAGAAACAGUUUAUUUUCGAAAUGCAAGCACCAGACAAAUCUAAACAAUAUGGAACACAUGUUCUUAACUUGCAAGGUGAAGCAUUUGAUUCUGUUUUCGAUAUUCAAUACAGUCCAAAGCAGAAUGCGAUUGUUUUCGGAACUCUCAAAGUUAAUCAAUCUAAAAAUGUUGUUAUUAACUUGAGAAGUCGUUCGAAAUAUCCAUCUCAAUUCACUUUAACACUUAAUAAUCAUAUACAACAAUUAGUUAAAGUGAAUCCGACAACAGGACCAAUACCUGUUGGAGACAAAAUGACUGCUUUAACAUUCACUUUUUGUGCAAACAAAUGUGUGAGUUUCAACAACUACAAAGUUGGAACAAUUGUUGUAACUGAUACACAAACAAACGUUCAAUGUUAUAAAGCAGAUAUAAUGAUGCAAGCACAAACUGUGUUUAAUACUUACGAAAUCGCUCCGUUUGUUGAUUUCGGACCAAUACAAGUUUCAACAAACAACACAAGAACAUUGACAUUGAAGAAUACUGGACCUUUCCCAAUGGAAUACAACUUAGCAAUGAAACCCGAACCUCCGCCAGUUAAAAUUGUCAAAGGAAAAGAAGUUGUUGGAAAGCCACCGCCAACUCCGAAACCAAAGAUGAGAAAAGGACAAGGAAUGCAAUUACAAAUUGGCAAUUUCGUUGUCUGUCCUUGCCAAGGAACAAUACAACCAGGAGCAACAGCAAAUAUAUCAGUUGAAUUGCAAACAAAUGUUGUUGGAAAAACUUCUUCAAUUGCAACAUUAAAAGCAAGUGAUACUGAUGCUUCCAAGCCACAAAUAAACGAAAUAGAACUCAAGGCUGAUGUCAUUUCUCCUUCUUUGUUCAACCAAGAUUACGAACCAAUCUUUGCAGGAACAAACUUUUGUCUCAGAAAUGAUAUCAUUAAAAACAAUGUCACUGCUUUCCUUGAAGAUGAACACAUGUUACACUUCGCUCCUUCGAUGCUUGGGCAGAAACAAACUGCUGUUAUGCAUGUUAUCAACCCAACACCAAUACAAGUAACAGCAGAUGUCAAUCUCAAGCCGAAAACGAAGUCAGGAAUGUCAACAUUUCCUUUCGAUGUUGGCAGCAAGCAAGUGACAAUAGAAGCAAAUGGUUCUGUUGAUCUGCCAAUCACAUACAUGCCAAACACUGAAGGCUCCUUUAUUGGAUACUUCGAGUGUAUUGCGCGCGGUUCAACAGAUCCAAAAGGUUCUAUGUUGAAGUUUGUUGUAGAAGGAAUUGCGGCUCUUCCAACAAUUUCCGCUGACAAAUCUAAAACAAUUCCUCUUGGAAGAGUUUUGGUUGGUUCUUCAAGAGAAAGAGCUGUUGCUGUUAAAAACGAUGGAUUAAUUCCAGCAACAUUUACAAUUUCACAAAAAUCCUGUCCAUGCUUUACUCUCAAGGAGACUGAAACAGAGGUAACACUUAAUCCUGGAAGACAAUUCAUGUUAACUGCUGUUUUCAAUCCACAAAAAGUCCAAAGAUACAAUUUCGAAGUUAAUUUGGCCGUUACAGAAAAUCCAAAGUGUUCUUACUCAUUUAACUUCGCAGGCGAUGGUUUCUUCGAUGAUAUUGUAUUCGAAGGAGAUGCUGCUUUCAGUGAAGAUAGUGAUGUCUCCUUUGCAAACACUGUUGUUGGAAGAAAAGCUGAAUCUUUGUUCCUUGUCAGAAAUAUUUCAUCAACAGAUGUCAGAUUUUUGUUGCCACAGCAUCAUGAUUUCAGUUUUUCACCAAGAAUUGUUCAGUUGCAAGCAGGUCACCAGAUAAGAGUUGACAUGUCUUUCUUCUCCGAUAAACCUGUUAAACACCAAGGAAUUAAAUUACCUGUUUCUUGGUUCAAACUUGAACAAUGCUCUGGAGAUUGGGAUGAUUCUUCAGCGCAAAAACAAAAAGGAACACAAGUCGUAGAGCCUCCUUUCAGAGUUUUAGGAGCAAAGCAGAAAGACUUGUACUUGAGAGUCACAGCAACAACAGAUGUCAUUAAAUACACAAUAGAUACUCAUGACAUCGAUUUCUCUCCAACAAUGAUGUAUGAAACGAGAUCUGUUGAAGUCAGAUUAACAAAUACUUCAUCAAUAAGAUUGGAGUAUGCAUGGGAAUUACAAAGGUUCACAGCUUUAAGAACAGAUUACGCAACAACAAGGAAACCAUGCUUCAAAGUUUUGCCUUCUUCUGGUACAGUUGAUGGCGGAAAAACAACAGUUUUCAAAGUUGUUUUUGCGCCUGAAGAAGUUGAUGAUUUCACUGCGGAAUUUAUGUGUAAGAUUCCUUUCUUAAUUGGAAAUCCUCCUGUUAUUUCAAUGAAUGGUAUCUCAAGGCGUCCGCUCUGCCACUUCGAUGUCGAUGUCUCUGAUUACUUGACAAGAAGACAUCCUGCUUAUAUCGAUAAUCCUUUGCCUGAAGAUAUCCAAGUUAUUGAACUUUAUUCGAAAGCUGUUGGCAGCAAAACAAUCAAGAAAUUCGAUGUUAUCAAUCCUACUUCGAUGCCAUACGAAGUAAUCUUUAAGUGUGAAGAUGAAAGCAACACAGCAAUUCAGUGUUUGAUGAGUGCGGCUUUGAUUUCUGCCGGAAGAAGAUAUUCUUUCGCAUUUUCUUAUUUACCAACAUCAGUAAGGACUGUUGAAUCGAUAUGGACAUUCUCUAUUCCAGUCCAUAAUAUAUCAAGGCAUAUACUGUUUGUAGGAAGAAUUAUGCCUGAAUAA